GCCGGGCUGGGAGGUCAGGGUCUGGGUGGGGCGCCGAUCCACCUGCCCGCAAAGUGAAGGCCACCAUCCUUCGGGGUCAGGGAAGGGCUCUGAGGAUUUUGAGCGUCAUUGGUGCAUCUCGAUAUGUCAGCACCUCUUGGCCAGCACGAUGAACUCUGGCACAGUCGCCACCUGAGGAAGCGCGCCCCCGGGGCCCGUCCCCGAGGGUCUGAUCCGUGUCUACAGCAUGAGGUUCUGCCCGUAUGCCCAGAGGACUCGCCUGGUCCUGACGGCCAAGGGUAUCCGGCAUGAAGUCAUCAACAUCAACCUGAAAAAUAAGCCUGAGUGGUUCUUCAAGAAGAAUCCCUCAGGCCUGGUGCCGGUUCUGGAAACCAGUCUGGGUCAGUUGAUCUGUGAAUCUGCCAUCACUUGUGAGUACCUGGAUGAAGCAUAUCCAGGGAAGAAGCUGUGGCCAAGUGACCCCUAUGAGAAAGCUUGCCAAAAGAUGGUCUUUGAGUCCUUUUCUAAGGUACCACCUUUGAUAUCGAGGAUUCUUAGAACACAAAAUAAGGAAGACUGCUCUGGCUUAAAAGAAGAAUUGCAAAAAGAAAUUACCAAGCUAGAGGAGGUUCUGACUGACAAGAAGACAACCUUCUUUGGUGGCAAUUCUCUUUCUAUGAUUGAUUACCUCAUCUGGCCCUGGUUCGAACGGCUGGAACCUCUGGAGUUGAAUGAGUGUGUAGACCAGGCUCCAACUCUUAAGCUGUGGAUGGCAGCCAUGAAGAAGGACCCCACAGUAUCAUCCCUCCUCACCGAUGUGAAGACCUUUCAAGGUUUCCUCAGCCUCUACUUGCAGGACAGCCCCGAGGCCUGUGACUACGGACUCUGAUGGGGACAAGAGUCAGCAAUGAAGACAUAGCUGAUACUUUCCUUCACUGAUAUGAAUAAUACCAUGGUUUUAUUUUA